UAUAUCAAAUGCACUCUGCAAGAUCUUUGCAGGUUAUGUUUGCGUUUAUAAAGAGUAGUGGUUAUGUCCCGUUACAUAAAUUCUUCCUUUAAAUAUUUAAAGAUCAAGCUAUGUAUCCAAGUGAUGAUACUAGCAUUAUAAUUAAAGAUAAUAAAGAAAAGAACGAUAGAAAAAGUGUACGCAAACAAAAACGUGCUCAUCAUAGACUACUUAGGGAUAUGAAUAUUAAAUGCUCCAACGAUCCCACACAACAUCUAAUGAUAUGCAAUGGUGGCUUAGUUACUGGCAUAAAAAGAGAAACAUUACAAUGUGUAUUAGAUGCAUUAAUCUCAAAAUAUGUCUUAAUAAUGCCAUCAGGCAAAUCAUAUUGUUUCAUAACAUGUAACACAAAAGAAGAUGCGACAUGUGUAUACAAUUAUAUUCAUGGACGCAUUAAACUUCCAGGCCAAAAUGGUCCACUAUAUGUCUGUUAUACAGAAACAGUUCCUAAUAUAGAUGAUAUGAAGAAUUCUGCAUUUCCACCUGGUCUUAUGUUAAUACAAAAUUUCAUAACAAAAGAGCAAGAAGAAAGUUUGUUGAGAACGCUCAAUUGGGACGAAUGUGAAUCCGCCUCGUCGCAACUGAAGCACAGACAAGUGAAACACUUUGGAUAUGAAUUCGAAUAUGGCACGAAUACUGUCAAUCCUGAUAGGCCGAUUACGCCGAUUCCGCAAGAUUACAAAUUUUUACAGAUCCUUUUUGAUAAACAUGGUCACAAGUACGUGUACGACCAAUUGACUAUUAACAAGUAUUUACCUGGGCAAGGUAUACCACCACACGUCGACACGCAUAGUGUUUUCGAGGACACGAUACUGUCCUUGUCGCUAGGCUCGUCAUGUGUUAUGAACUUCAAGCGGUCGGAUCGGAAGAUCGAUGUGCUGCUGCCAGCCAGAUCGUUGUUAAUUAUGACGGGAGAAGCGAGAUACGCGUGGACACACGGUAUUUCUCUUCGUCACAGCGACGUGAUCGACAUAGAGAACGGUAGUACGACGCAGGAACGCGGCACCAGAGUGUCCUUCACUUUCAGAAAGGUACGGCGUGCCGGUGAUUGCUGCUGCAAUUUUGAAGAAUACUGCGAUAGCAAAGGACACGAUGCUCCUACCUUCAUCGACGCCAAAGCAGCAUCAAGCCUGGAAAAUUCAUAUGUACAUAAAGUUUACGAGGAAAUUUCUAAUCACUUUAGUGAGACAAGACAUAAACAGUGGCCUAACGUAACAAAGUUCCUCGAAAAUUUGGAAGAAGGCACAUUGCUGUUGGACGUGGGUUGCGGAAACGGCAAAUAUCUUUGUGGAGAUCAAAAAAUAUAUAAACUGGGAUGCGAUCAUAGUUCGGGAUUAGCGGAAAUCUGUCGCAGGCGUGGGUUCGAGGUGUUGCUGUGCGAUUGCCUGCAUUUACCGCAUCGGGACGAAUCCAUCGAUGCGACGAUUAGCAUAGCUGUAAUUCAUCAUUUAUCCACACGAGAGCGACGGAAACGCGCCAUCGCUGAGAUGAUGCGAGUACUCAGGCCGAACGGCAAGUGUCUGAUCUAUGUAUGGGCAAAGGAGCAACGCAGGGAUUCCGCGGAAUCGUUCUAUCUCAAAUACGGAUCUAAGAAUAAGCAAGAGUACCGCGAGAUCAACCGCAAGAUUUCCGAGUGUCAAUUAACGCUGCCGAUUCACGAGAACAGAACAAAUUUCGCUCACAGUGACAUGCUAGUCCCUUGGAAGAAGAAGGGCGGCGAACGUUUCCUUCGAUAUUACCACGUGUUUCAGGAAGGCGAGCUCGCGGAAUUGUGCGCGGAAAUACCUGCAACCACGCUCAAGAACGUUUACUACGAUCAGGGAAAUUGGUGUGUGAUAUUGGAAAAAUGUAGAUAGAUAAAUUUACUGAUGUAUACAGAGAUGAAAUAAAAAUUAGAUUCACAACGAUCAAGAAUUAA